GAAAGCAACGCUGAGAGGAACUUUACUGCUGUACUCUGGCUGAAGGUGCUUUGCUCUGUCCCAUGUGCUGUGCUGCUUCCAUCCUGUCUCAUCUGUGGCUUUCUGCAACAUGGAAAUUUCCACACAGUCACCUUCUACCCCUCCAGGAAGACAAAAGAGAAUUAAAACUGACUCCAUCUCUAGGUGAGGAGUGGGGAACUGUCUGCUGUGGAACAUUUAGCGACAUGUGGGGAGGAGCAACUGUUUUCUUCUUCUUUUGCUCUUAGCCAGAAUACUUCCUAUAAAACUCUGACCAUCUGUGCAGGAGACCUGAAGUUCUGUAUUGUGAAUGCAGAGGGGCAGUUGUAACAGCCAGAGCUGGCAGAGUCCCAGCCUAUCUUGGAUAGAGGGGUGAGUGCGCUAGGCCUGCGGCAGCCUGGGGAGCCUGGCAGGCGCCCGAAGGAGCUCCUGCUGCAGCUCAGUGAUGGAUCAGCCUAGCCAGGGUCCUCUCUGUGUUCUGCCCUGUAAGAGCAGGGUGUUUGCAGCAGCAUGGUGUUUGUCCUCUGCUUGAAGCUUACUGAGUUGGUGACUAACACACCACCGGGACUUUCCUACUUGCUGCUGUUUCCCCAGCUCUUAGACAUGGGGGAAUUUGCCAUAAACUGAAGAGUUUGAGGUUGGCUGCUUCUCCACAGCUCAGCCACUGCUGGUUUCACUUUCGGUGAGCCACCCACACAGAAACAAGGAUUAAAACAGGGUGAGAAAGCGCUGGGCUGCCUUCUGGGGGUAGAUUUUCCAUACCUGGCUCAGGGUUGUAACCAGUCCCUGGUUCUUGAGUUGCUGUGAGAACCAGGUCCGCACUGGCCAUGGCUGUUCCUGAAGUUAGCACUCUCGUCCCCUGGUGAGGAGGCAGCGGAGGCCUCGAGGAGCCAGCUCUGCCAGCUCCUGCUGUGGUGUUCGCUAACCAGUCUGCCAGGCCCUGGGUUUGAAGGUUACACAGGGCAGGCAGGAGGAGGAACACAUGUUCUCCUCCUCAACACCAGGGACGCAGUAGAAGCAUCACCUGCCUCAUUUCCUCCACAGGGGCAGGUAUUAAGACCCAUAGUUUAGUAUGUGCCAUCUGUUCACUCUGAGCUGGGCCCAGCCCCUGCAAAGACACUGUUGUACAGAAGCAUCGGGGAUUCUUCCCACUUCUAGUCAGGCCACCUCUGCUGUUCUUAUGACUCAAAAACCUUCAGCUGUGGUCCCUAGUGUGAAGGACCAACACAUUCAACUGCUGUCUGUGUUGUCUCUGUUUUGCUUGUUAUCUGUUGUUGUUUUAGCUUCUUGCAGCUCCUAGCACAUCACUUUCCACCUUUUGCACGGGCACGGUGUCAGGGUGUGGAGUGUGGAAGCAAGCUCUGCGGAGCUGGGCACAGAACAGCACCCAGGGGACCCCAGCAGCUUCCUCGUUCGAGCAGGAGCCUCACACCACAACCAAAGCCACGGUGGAUCAUGGAAUCCCCCCAGCCUCUACAUUUUGUAGGAACAACCUUCAGAGUCCUCCUCUUCUUGCUGAGCACUGUAAACAUUUACCAGUGCUGAUUUGGAUGCAGAUACACUGAUGUGACAAUUUCAUCGCGCUUGUCCCUGUACUUUUGUGGAGCCAAUAAUGCCAUGUUUUGGCCUUCUUAGCCUCAGACAAAACAAGUUUCUGCCUUCUGAUGCUUUAUAGUGAGCUCCUACCAGCAUCAGAGCAAAGCCACAGCUUCACAAAACUUGGACUGCCCCGAAAAAGUCUCACAAAGCCUUUUGUCUUCUCCAUGCAGAAAUGUAUUUUGAAUUUUUUGAAGUAUUAGUUUCUUUGGAGCAAUCUGUUUCCAUGAAAAUCCUGUUUAUCUCCAAUGUUGAUAAUAUGCCCCAGUGAAAAGCAUCUUGCAAUACAUAUAACUCUGCCUGUUUGACCAUCCUGUACCCCCUCCUGCCUUUUCUCCUAAAGACAUGGUGCAUCCCCCCAGUGACAUGAGAGGCUCCCAACCACGUUAGGGCUACAGGGUUUGGGAUGGAGCCCGUGCUGUGCUGCGUGCUCAUCUUGCUGCAUGCCACGUGGAGGCAGCAGGCGAUGCGAGCCAUUGGCGCUUUCUUCAAAAGUCAGAGGUUGAAAAUCACCUUGGUGUUUUCACCCUGUCAGAGGUGCCAGCAGCUAUGCAAGGCUGUUCCCAGCCCCAGGUGUGGAUGCCCUGCUGUAAACGCUCCUGGCCAGGCAGCACUGGUGGGAUGUGCUGAUUUUUGGCAGCUGUGGUAAAACAGAGAUCCAAGAGGCUCAGGUGAGGUUCUUGCCAUAAAUAGCUGUUUGCCAGCAGCAGAGUUCUGGUCUUGGUGCAUCCCUGUGAGCAGAGGCCUGGGGACAAGCUGAUGGAUGUUGGCUCUAAAUGGCUCCGUUUCUGCCAACCCGCAUGGGAGGAGCGGGGAGUUCUGCUAACGCUGCCGACUUGGGUGAGUGCUGUGGGGACAUGUGGUGACCGGCUGACCACGUGCAGAGCUGGAGCUCUUUGGAAGCACAGAAGCAUGCGUCUGGUGAUUUCCUAAGAGAAGAUACAAGCCUCUGUGUGAUCCCCUCCGUGUGAGCAAGACGUGCAUAGUGAUUGCUCUGGGAAGGACAUCCAAUCAGAACCAACAUGAGGAACAAAUCGUGGCUCCAGAGUAUUUCCUUCUUCCUUUUAUUCCAGUACAGUACAUGUUGUGAAAACCUCACUUGUUUUGUGGACUAUGUACAGACCCUGUCCUGUAUCCUGAGACAUGAUUUGGGUGCCAGGUCAUACAACCUCACUGCAACAUGGGUUCCUGAGGAAGAACCAGAAAAUACUGUGGCUGCCUGCAGACUCCUGCGAUUGUCCGGGAACAGCAGUCACACACAGUACGUGUGCACUGUGGACAUGACUGGACUCCUGGCAGAUACCAAAGUCCAGGUGGAUGUUACAGAGGUGGCUGAUGGGCAGCACGUGAUUUCCAAAGGCUUUUAUAUGGCAGAGAACAUCAAACCACAGCCUCCGUUCAAUCUGACCGCUGUGUUCUCGGAGGGUUACAAUAUUUCUUGGAAAACCAUCUACCAGGACUCUUCUUUCUACUUUUUGAAUGAGGAGCUGGAAUACCAGCUGCAUUAUAAGAGAAGGACCGACACCUGGGAGACUCGGAAGAUGAAAGCUGUUCACGAAGAUAAACGGACACUGCUGAUCCUGCCAUGGGAACUCCAGGCAAACACUGAGUACGAGUUUCAAGUGAGAGCCAGACCCCGAGAAGACACUGGCUACUGUGGGUUUUGGAGUGAGUGGAGUUCUUCGCUGACGUUGAAAACCAGCCCUGCCGCAGUGACACAGACAGCAGGCAUGGGAUGGCUGCUGCUGUUUGGUGUUGUCGUGGCAAUCACUGCCUCAAUUACAACCUUCCUGGCCAAACAGCGGAGCUUGUGGAAGAAGAUGGCUUGCAUCCCAGACCCUGCUCCCUUUUUCAAACCUCUUUACCUGGUUCACAAUGGAGAUUUCAAGAAGUGGGUUGGUGCAUCCCAUACAAAAAUGACCCUUGAUUUCUUUGAAUGGGGAAUAGUCCUUCCAGAAGUCCUAGAAGUUUACACCAUGCAUCCUUCCAACAGCACCUCACGGGAGGAGCUGUAUGAGCUGAGAAAAGAUCUGCCUUGCAAGCCCUGCGUGUCUUGCGUGACUGCCCCAGGCCAGGACAGCCAGUCCCUACUGUCUAGUGUGAACAGCAACAGUGGGGCUCAGGACCAGUCAUACGGGCACUUGUCCAUCGAUACCGUGACUGUGGCUGAUGAAUUUACACCUUGUAACUGCCAGUGCAACUGCAACCGUGUCUACAGGGGUCAUGGGCAUGCCAGCAAGGAAGACAGCAGUGCUGGAGAAACUGGUUACCCCAAGGUUAACAUCGAUGAUGAAGAUGGAAAGAUAUCCAGUGAUUUGGACCCGGCUGACCUGAGCACACAGGACAAAAUACUUGCUUCAGGGUCUGUGUCCACAGACCACCUGAGGAGUACGAGUGUCCCAGCCCGCCAGCAAGUAGAAAGGGCUUUGGAAGGAGGGAUGGGGAGCAUCCUAGAAGCCCUUUGCUUGCAGCCUAAUCAGUGGGAUUUGGAAAAUCCAGGCUCUCUGCCUUCUCCUGAUGGUGAAAGUGUUUCCUACAGUGAAGGCUCCUGUGACUUCUUCCCUCAGACUGCAAGACCUGGUGAUAGCUACCCUAUGAUCUGCGUAGAUUUGGACACUAUUGACAGUGGCUUUGUGGACUUGGACUGUGGGAGUCCCGUUGACUGUGAAUUUGAGCAAAACAGUCAGACCAACUGUGAGCCCAUCCCUCUUGAGCAGGAGGGGGAGGACUUUCCACGGAGCUACGUCAAGCAGUGGGUCUCCUGUCGCGCUGACAGCCCUGUCGCUGGGGGACAGACAAACUAGGAACUUGAUGUUGCCUUGCGCAGUGUAGGGCCUUUUCCAUACUGUGCCAGGAGUGUUAACAAAAUUCAGAAAAGAAAGUUUACUUUGUGCAAGCACUGAAAACUGUUAGGUCCAUAGAAAUAUAUGCCUAUUUCUAUUGCCACUUAUUCUGUUAAUGUCUCAAAUGUGAUGUGAUUGACUACUUUUUUUUUUUUUUUAAGAGUCCUAGGUCAAACCCCCUUAUAAGGCAGGAAAAGCAACUGUACCUUGAAAAUUACCCUUUAGCUUAUGUAGAUGUGCAAAUUUUUUUGACAGUAGCCUUAUAAAGAGUACAACACUUUUAAAUUAUUUUCCCUGGUACUCUCACAGGACUUGAGAGUUUGGAUGUACAUGGAAUCUUAGAAGCAUAACCCAUGGCAAGCGUGUUUGUUACAUUAAAGUUCCCCUAUUCCCAAA